AUGAUGCGCCACUGGUACUACCGUGUAGCCAAGGGGCAAGGAAUGCGGGCGGAGGUGUCAGACGAGAGAGGCGCGGGGAAAGGAGAACGCAAAAAAGAGAAGAGCGUGGUUUUUACGACCGAUGUGCGAGAUUGUAUAAUUGAAGGGAUAAACAAUGAAAAUAUAAAGCUAGCAGCUAGAGCUGCGAAUUUUCAAUCGGUAGGUACGUUGGCUAACUAUUUAGAUAGUAUUAUAGAUAUAAAUAGGCAAAAAUAUAUUGCUGCUAAACCGACUCCAGGCACGUCAAAAGUUAAUCAAGAGAUGCUGAUUUUUCUGGGUCUGAGGACAGACACAGCAGCAGGAUGGCCGAAUGUGAUGAAUCUUCAAACUAGAAAUACAUUCUUGAUACGCCACUGGUACUACCGUGUAGCCAAGGGACAAGGAAUGCGGGCGGUGGUGUCGGUCGAGAGAGGCGCGGAGAAAGGAGAACGCAAAAAAGAGAAGAGCGUGGUUUUUACGACCGAUGUGCGAGGUAUUUUUGGACAGAAUAUUUUGGAGAGGAAAAUAGAGUACAUUAUUAUUGAUCCGGGCGUUUAA